UGGCGCUUGCUGUCAUAGAUAAACAGCACAUAUAGUUGGAAUGUGUGCCCAGGCCAGCAUGGCUGAGUUUUAACUAGAUGUAGACAACGAACAGAAACGGAAUUCUGUUGUUCACACGUUUGUCAGCAGAGUAUCCCACUGUCAGUGAAGAUAUCAUAGUAUACUGUAGCUCACGCGUUUUUCAACAGAAUAUAUUACUGUCAAUGAAGACAUUUUGAAAUAUUGCAGUUCACGCAUUUGCGAGCACAGUAUCGUACUGCCAGUGAAGACAUCAUAGAAUUCUGUAGUUCACGCAUUUGCCAGCACAGUAUCGCACUGUCAGUGAAGACAUCAUAGAAUUAUGUAGUUCGCGCGUUUGCCAGCACAGUAUCGCACUGUCAGUGAAAACAUCAUAGAAUUCUGUAGUUCACGCGUUUGCCAGCAGAGUAUCGCACUGCCAGUGAAGACAUCAUAGAAUUCUGUAGUUAACGCGUUUGCCAGCACAGUAUCGCACUGUCAGUGAAGACAUCAUAGAAUUCUGUAGUUCACGCGUUUGCCAGCAGAGUAUCGCACUGCCACUGAAGACAUCAUAGAAUUCUGUAGUUCACGCGUUUGCCAGCAGAGUAUCUUACUGUCAAUCAAGACAUAAUUUUCGUAAACAAAAAGAAUAUACUACGACACCUCAGCACAUUUUAAAUUACAGUGAUUGUCGCGUCUGGUCAGAGAUAAAAAAAACCAAGUACUUGCCAUUCGGAAGCAACGAGGAUUAUUUGGAUAUUCUUGUCUUCCCUAAAACGAAAGUCAUUAAGCAUCUAACAGCGACAUUUUCUAGGGACAAACCAGAUACAUAAUUAUAGGGUUAAGCAGCAAGGAUUAUUCUAAAUCUCAAUCUUAAUUAACUCUUCACAAGUUGCAGACAAACUGACAGUACCACAGAGGGUACUCCUAAAAACUAGAAGCAAGGCCUCCUUGAUGAUUCAUAUAUUAACUAAAUCUUCACAGAUGACUAGCAGCGACCACACUGGUUACUACUCUAAUUCAGCAGCAAGGAUUUUUCUAACUGUUGUCAUAACCAUAACGUAGCAACCAGCAGCAACUACAAGGUACGCCAACGAGUUAGCGGGUAGAACUGUUUCAAGAUUCGUAAGUAAAUACUGACAGAUUCUGUGAUGGAGACCCCGACGUUGUUCUGUUUUAUUCUAAUGUACUUGGGUUUUAUUUGCACGAUAACAGCAACCACGACGUGUUCUGUCUCGUCUGUUUAUGAAAGACUUUUCAUUAAUUCCAUGGCUUCCGAAACCCCUUCGCUUAAGAAAAAUGACGUUCUGCAAAUGGAAUGUGUGACGUUUUGUCACAGACGUUACGGUGUUGACUGCAAGACGGUUUUUUAUGACACACAGAACAAGUCGUGUUCCAUCUACAAUUCCUCGUUCACGUGUGUCACGCCACGGCACCAAUCUAGUUCUACUGGGUUUGUGCAAGUCAGGAAUCCACCAAGACCUAUGGACGAAUGUUACCUCUGGCCACCAACAGAAGGAGUCUAUCCUCUAAACGUAUCUAAACUACUGCCUGCAGUGAAUGGAUAUUUCGACAGCGAUGGCUGGUUGGUGAUGCAAAGACGUAUGAACGGAUCAGAAAAUUUCAACAGAACAUGGAUCGAGUAUGAAGAUGGAUUUGGAGACUUACAAAACGAAUUUUGGCUAGGAAACAAGUACGUGCACUUGCUGACGAACCAGAAACAAUACGAGGUCAAGUUUAGUGUGUUGGAUUCUAAUGGGACAAGAGGAACGAUCCACUUUGAACAUUUCUCGAUAUCAGAUGCAGCAGACAAAUAUAGACUCACACUUGUAGGUCGAACUACCAGCAACACUACUGACUUCAUGUCUUACCACAGAGGUCAACCGUUCAGCACCGAAGACCAGGAUAACGACAACUUCGUCACCAAGCACUGUGCCCAAUCUUUUGGAUGUGGUUGGUGGUUUGUGAGAUGUGCCUUUGGUCCACUAAAUGCUAAGUAUGGAGUCUACGGAAUUUACACGAAUUGGCCUUUCUUCACACGACGAUUAAAACAGACUGAGAUCAAAAUCAGACCAAGACGUUUGUGAUUUAUAUGAAUUGGCCUGUCUUCACACGAUUAAUCCGGACUGAGAUCAAAAUCAAACCAAGACGUUUGUGAUAUAGCGUUUUUUGAGAAGGAUCUUUGAAGAUGAUUUUCUGAGAGACCGCUGGGGACAGGAGUGGGGAGGGUGGUUGAUUAUUGAUCAUAUAAUACACCUUCUUGUCUUCAGAUAUUGUUUUUAACUAGCAGAUCAGGGGGAGUUGGGUGUUGGUGGUGGGAGAACUUGAUUAUUUAUUACUGAAGGCUAAUCUAGACGAUGUCGUAGAUAUAGAUGGCCUUAAGUUCAAUAUAGCAUAUUAAAUAUACCUUUUCCUUAUUUCAAAAAAUAUAUCAGGGAAAAACGUUUUCUAACAGUGUGGAAGGCUUAUGGCCUUUUAACUUGGGGAGGUGGCUCUUAGCUACAUCUGAAACUGAACCUCGGUUUCGAAUGUGUAAUUGGCUGAAUUUCAGAAACGACACAUUUCGAUUGGUCACCUUAUAAAUUAUUACAGGGUUUGUUUAAUAGGCUGUCAUUUAUGUUUUUUCAAAUGUAGCAUCAGAUGUAGUGGAAAACAAAAUUAAUAGCUGUAAAUGCAUAAAAUGCAUUUGUUACAAAUUAGGCUACACCUUCUAGUAUGACUAUUUGACAUACGUUUCUCCAAUUCAUAUGUUAAUGUAUGUAAGGGAUCUUUGUACGAUUCAUUUAAUUAUAUGAAAAAUUAAUCAUUGGACUUCUGAUCGCUCGGCAAGUACAUUAAUUUUAGAAUUUAUUCAUCAAGUGGAAGACAAUACUAAUGAAAAUAAGUUUAAUUCUUUGACAGCGGCUGCAAUAGUAAUUCAUGCAGAAGAUCAGUUUUCUAUUGUUCUUUCAAAAUAAUUAAUGGACUUUUAACGAAAAUCGUUAGGAACAGUUGGACUGCCAGGUAACUAAACGUAAUUCUGCUUCAUUGAUAUAAAUGAUUCCAAAAUGCGUUUUAACCAAUAGUUGAUUUCAAUGUGUAUUGUAUAAACUAUUUGUUCCUUCGAGAAAUAUACCAAUGAAAUAUAACAUACGACAAACUAAUAACAAUAAAUAAUUUCAACUAAAUUUGCACAAGUUUCCUUGUUCUAUAGUUAACGAAAACCAACUAAUCUAAUAACAGACUUCUUAUUAGGAAAUAGCGACUCCUGAACAAUAGUUAUAGGUGAGAAACUGCAAAUAAGGAAAACAGUUCAACAUUAUUAAGAACAAAUAGCGCGAUAUAUACAACACAUUUAGAUCUAU